UCCUCCCCUCCUCUCCCCGUCCAACUUUCUCUCUAUACUUCCGCUCUCUCUCUCUCUCUCUAAAUUUUUUAGUAAUUAAUCUCCCCACUCCAGCCAAGAACCCCCGUCCAACUUUCUCUCUCUAGUUCCGUUUUCUCUCUCUAAAAAUUGUAGUAAUUAAUCGCUCCAGCCAAGAGCCCCGGCCAACUUUCUCUCUCUAGUUUCGCUUUCUCUCAAAAUUUUAGUAAUUAAUUCCGAACCCCUCUCUAACCUCCUCUCCCUCUCUCUCUCUCUCUUUUCUUUUUCAGGUAACUCAUGCCCUUGCGCUUAUCCCUCUCUCCUUCUCUCGGCAACAUUCUCUCUCUAACUUUUGCCGUUUUCCGGCAUUGUUUUGCCGGAAUACGGCCAUAUUUCGACGGAGUACCUAGAAAACAGAGGAGAGAUGGAUGAAUAUUUGCAGUUGUUUGUGAGUGAAACAGAUUGGUACAACAGCAUUGUAUUGGGUUCUCUUUUGCCUGAAAAUUUAUGGAAGCCUCUGGCACAUGUAUUGCAGUCAUGGCUUCGCAACUACAUUGCAGGGAGCCUGGUCUACUUCAUUUUUGGUGGCCUCUGGUGCUUCUACAUUUACUAUCUCAAGCGCCAUGUCUACUUUCCUAAAGAUACUAUACCCUCAAAAGAGGCAAUACUCCUUCAAAUCUGGGUUACCAUGAAAGCAAUGCCCUUGUACGUGUCACUCCCAACUGUUUCAGAGUACAUGGUUGAGAAAGGUUGGACUAGAUGUUAUUCAAGUAUUAGUGAAGUUGGAUGGCUGGCCUAUAUUGCGCUUCUUAUAGCAUAUCUAGUUAUCGUGGAGUUUGGGAUUUACUGGAUGCAUAGAGAAUUGCAUGACAUAAAGCCUUUAUACAAAUACCUUCAUGCUACUCAUCACAUUUACAACAAGCAGGAUACACUCUCUCCUUUUGCAGGUUUGGCUUUCCAUCCUCUUGAUGGUGUACUACAAGCUUUGCCACAUGUUAUUGCUUUCUUCAUCGUUCCGACCCAUUUCUUUACGCAUGAGCUGCUGCUCUUUUGUGAGGGGGUGUGGACUACCAAUAUACAUGACUGUAUCCAUGGAAAUGUGUGGCCUGUAAUGGGUGCUGGCUACCACACCAUACACCAUACCACCUAUCGCCACAACUAUGGACAUUAUACUAUUUGGAUGGACUGGAUGUUUGGUACCCUCAGUGAUCCCGUUUCAAAGCCAAAGAAGGCAUCAUAGUUUCUCUCUCUCUGGUGGAUUUUCGCAGUGAUGCAUGCUCUAUAUUGGGUAUUUUAUUUUUCUCUUUCUCAUGUCUUAUAUGUGCUUGCCAUCAUGCGAUGUAUAUUUCCUUGUUUUGGUUUUGUUGUGCUGGUUGGUAGUUGGAUUGUUCCACAACAAUCACAAUUCAAGAUAGGGUUGGGGAUUCUGAAUGAUCUGAAAUUGCUUUAUAUCUAUUAUGGUGGCUGCUGGACAUUGGAACAAUGAUGGUCCUGCUUCAGUGUUGAUUCA